CCCCUGCCAAUAUCAUUGGAGCUUGUCUAGUCUCCCCGCACUCCAUCUCUCUCUCUCUCUCUCUCUCUCCCCUCCAUAGCCUUUCGUAUCGAAGUUUUUUUUUUUCUCACCCUAGAAAUUCCCUACGCUCUCUUUCGAUCCGGUGGUUUUCGAAUCGGAAUUUUGCAUCGGAAUUUUGCUUUUUUGGAAGUGUUUUGGGUUUUUUUUUUUGAUUUGAGAUUCGAAGUGAGUUGAGGUGUGGGGCAAAAUGUCCUCGCACAGCAGGGAAUUGGUGUUUCUCAUACUCCAGUUCCUGGAGGAGGAGAAAUUUACGGAGUCGGUGCACAAGCUUGAACAAGAGUCAGGGUUUUUCUUCAAUAUGAAAUACUUCGAGGAGAAAGUACACGCUGGUGAGUGGGAAGAAGUUGAGAAGUACCUAUCUGGAUUUACUAAGGUUGACGAUAACAGAUACUCCAUGAAGAUAUUCUUUGAAAUCCGGAAACAGAAGUGUAUGGAAGCUCUUGAUUGGCAAGACAAAGCAAAGGCGGUUGACAUAUUAGUGAACGAGUUGAAAGUGUUCUCAACAUUCAAUGAACAAUUAUAUAAAGAAAUCACUCAGCUUUCAACACUAGGCAAUUUCAGGGAAAAUGAGCAGCUAUCCAAGUAUGGUGACACCAAAACAGCUCGUAGCAUAAUGUUGAUAGAGCUUAAAAAGCUCAUAGAGGCAAAUCCCCUUUUCCUUGAAAAGCUUGCUUUUCCUACUUUAAAGUUAUCGAGGUUGCGGACUCUAAUCAAUCAAAGUUUGAACUGGCAGCACCAACUCUGUAAGAAUCCAAGGCCAAACCCAGACAUAAAGACAUUGUUCACAGAUCAUACCUGCACACCUCCAAAUGGUGCUCUUGCACCUACUCUGGUCAAUCUUCCGCCUGCUGCAAAGCCUACUGCUUAUACAUCACUUGGAGUGCACGGUGUUGGUAACAUCCCCGAGGCUAUACCGAAAAUAAAACAAGAAGUUGAAGCUGAAUUUUUUGGUGAAGAUCAAAACUGGGGUCAUGUGGAAAGCUCUCCACCAAUUCAACCUCAAAAUCGUUAUUCUGAGUCAGACAAUCGUGACUGGCGUGGUCGAUCUGCACGAUUUCCUGCAUCUGGAAAGGGGAGAUCCUGGGAGAACAAAGAGUUUGGUGGCUGGUUUGACUCUAGACAACAGAAGGCAGGUCAACAUAAUCGCCAAGACCAACUCAACUCGCAGUUUUCAAGGGCACAAAGGGUAGGACCAGCUCCUGCUCUAAUUAAGGCUGAGGUGCCAUGGUCAGCUCGAAGGGGAAACCUCUCUGAUAAGGAUCGUGUUUUGAAGACAGUGAAAGGGAUACUGAAUAAGCCGACUCCAGAGAAGUUUGACCUACUCAAGGGACAGCUAAUUUAUUCUGGCAUCACAAAAGCUGAUAUUCUGAAGGAUGUUAUCUGCUUGAUUUUUGACAAGGCAGUGCUGGAACCAACAUUUUGCCCUAUGUAUGCAGAGCUGUGUUCGGAUCUAAAUGAAAAGCUCCCUCCAUUCCCAUCGGAUGAACCUGGUGGGAAAGAAAUCACGUUUAAGCGAGUCCUCUUGAACCUCUGCCAGGAGGCAUUUGAAGGCUCUGCCAAACUUAGGGAAGAAGUAAGGCAGAUGACUGCUCCUGAGCAAGAGUCGGAACGUAGAGAUAAAGAAAGAAUGGUCAAACUUCGCACACUAGGAAACAUUCGUCUAAUUGGGGAGCUUUUGAGGCAGAAGAUGGUGCCUGAAAAAAUUGUUCGUCACAUUGUUCAGGAGCUUUUAGGGUCUGAUAGUAAGACCUGCCCAGAGGAAAACGUGGAGGCCAUAUGUCAAUUCUUCAACACUAUUGGUAAACAGCUUGACGAGAGCACCAAGUCACGGAGACUUAAUGAUACGUACUUCAUCCAAUUGAAAGAAUUGUCAACAAAUCCCCAGCUGGCUCCACAAUUAAGGUUCAUGAUUCAUGGUGUUCUUGAUCGACGUGCAAAUGAUUGGGUUCCCAGACAUGAAGAGGUUAAAGCCAAAACCAUCACUAAAAUCCAUUCGGAGGCUGAUAAGAAUCUGGGGUGGCAUCCUGAUGCUAGAGCAAGCAUGAGAAAUAACCGUGUUGUUUCUGGUGGACAGGGGAGUGUCAGCCCUGUGGGUGGUUUCCCCAUCAAUCGUCCUGGCACUGGGGGAAUGAUGCUGGGAAUGCUAUGGACCAGGAAGAUGCCUGGGAUGCCCGGAAUUGAUAAUGACAAUUGGGAGGUUCCUAAGCCCUGUUCCAUGUCGAGGGGUGAUGUAUCAACAACCAUUCAGCCCAUUGGAUGUGUUCAACCCCCAUUAAUCGGCAAGUCACCAUCAUUGGACUCAAAAUUUCUUCCUCAGGGUACCAGUGGCCUUGUAGGUGGUAGGACUAGUGCCCUAUUGCAAGGCAGUGGUGCCCCUCCUGUUCGCCCUCCUAACUUUGGGUAUGGUAUGGACCCCCCCGCAUCUCAAGUCCCUUCUCCCGCCAGACCUGCACCAAUCGCAUCUGUGCCUCUGGCUGCUGAGAAAGCAGUAGGUCCUUCUAAUAUCAUAGAACCUAGGAGAAAAACAAUUUCUCUUCUGGAGGAAUACUUCAGUAUCCGGAUGUUGGACGAGGCAUUGCAGUGUGUGGAGGAAUUGAACUCCCCAGCUUACCACCCCGAGGUUGUCAAAGAAGCCAUUUUGCUUGCUUUGGAGAAAAGCCCACCCUGUGUGGAACCAGUUGUGCAGCUCCUUGAGUACUUGUUUGCCAAGAAGAUGCUUACGGCUAGGGAUAUUGGGACCGGAUGCGUGCUAUAUGGUUCGAUGUUGUAUGGUAUAGGCAUUGAUUUACCGAAGGCACCGAAUAAUUUCGGUGAGGUUAUUGGGAGGCUAGUUUUGGCCGUUGGAUUGGACUUUAAGGUGGUGGAGGCGGUCCUGAAGAAGGUGGAGGACGACAUGUUCCGAAAACCAAUAUUUGCUGCUGCAAUGAGGAUCAUCACUUCAAGUCCUUCUGGGCAACGCGUAUUGGAUACGCAGACACCUGACAUUGAGGCAUGCGAGAGCCUAGUCUAGGGAACGUUUUGGUGCUCAUAUUGUCGCUUAUCUUUGCAAUUGCUUCCAUUUACACCCCCAACCCACCCGUUCCAGGCAAUCAACUGUAUUAUUACAUGUGUGUGAUAAAAGGUCGAGCUGCUAAAGAAACAUGUGAGAAUUUUAUUGAGCUACUACUAUAUAUUGUUCUUGAGGUCAUAGUAUUGUGUUCACUAGAGAGAUUACAAAAUAAGAUAAUUCUCUGGAUUUUGUUGGUACUCGAGUUGAAUGGCCCUUUCUGGGAGCCAGAUGUUUUAUAUUUGAUUAGUUUUUUUUUUUGGUUCUCUU